AUGAUUCCCUUUUCAAUCUUCAAAUCCAUCAAUUUUUCCCGCCGUCUGCCCUGCCUAUUACGCGUGCUGCCCUUGGUAUUGUGGACCCGUCCCGCCCACCUGCAUCCGUCCCAUGCAAGCUGGAAUCCAUCCAUCAUUUCCCUUCCAUGCAAUCACCUCUCCACGCUUGCUUACAUGUAUGCCAUGCCAUGCACUUUCAGCUCUUCACUCGAGCAUUCCCCAUCACCACAUGUCUACAUGCACACACAAAUGCAAAAUACAAUUCGCCACGUGGUCCAAUGUUCCCCCCUUUCUCUUCAUUCGAGUCGCGAAUCUCGUAAUAUUCAUCGCCCUGCUAUUAAUACCCCGGGCCAGACCCGGCCCAGUCCGCACUAA